GUUCGUUUUAUCCGCGUAUACUGCUCGCAGUUUUCUAACCUCUUGUUAAAUCGUCCUGGACCAACUUUGAUGGAUUCUGAGCGACUGCGUAGUAAAGUUUGAUGGCUGUUUCCAAUCUUAAAGCUGCUGGAUUUUUAAUCAAGCGCAACUUGAUUAGUGUGAUAUUUCCCUCAGUUACUAUUUGGGCAAUUUGGGCAGAUCUGAGGCGCACGGCUCGUUGGAAGCAUCAACUUGCCGAACAGCAAAAACAAUAAAAUACAAUAACAUGGGUCUGUCACACAAGCACAUUUGGAAAGCGUACUGGGUGCUUGUCUUUCCCAUUUCGGGCUUCUUAAUUGGGCAUAAGAUUGACAAACUGGAUACAGAGAAAAUGACAAUGUUUAGGGACAAAUCGGCGCUGUACGGCAGAGAAUUAAAACCUGGAGAACCACCUUCUUGGCCAUAUUAAAUUCAAUUCUUAUUCACCUUAAAUGUUGCAGAAUUAGUCUUAUGUAAGUUAACAAAUAAACUAAUAUCCUAAUGAAUCACAGAUGUCAUAAGGUGACAAAUGUAUCUCGUUAAGACACGAUCAGUUUAAAUAAUAAUGCAAUAUUUACUAGUA